CGGAAUAUGUAAAUAAUUAUGAAUUAAAAACAAACUAAAAAACAGCCGUCAUUGAUGUACACAUGACAACCUGUGUAAUAAAUUAUUAAGUUCAAAUAUCUUGGAAUAUAAAAAUCUAAUCAAAAAUAUUUAAACUUUAAAAAUUUUGGCUCUCACGUUGUGCAAUGGCUGAAGAAUUCGAGAUGAUAGUCAAAAGAGUUUUCAACAACUGGACAGGUCUUCGAUUGGCUGUAGAAAAUGGAAUGGGGGGCCGAAAUGGUCAAAAAACAGCAAUAGAAAUGAUGGAAUAUGUGUAUCAGUAUUGCAUGUUAAAUCAAAAUCUCGAUCCGUAUGAAUUGGAAGGAAUAAUUGAAGAAAUGCUAGAUGAAGAAUUUAAUACAAUUUGUGAAGAUAAUUCCGUAAAGGAAAUAGCAUCAAUUUUGUUUGAAUGUUUAGGUUUUUACAAAUCGCAAAAUAUUCAAGAAUUAAAAAAUUCCUUUUUGAAAAUGCCAUCGAAAGAACAAUGGCUGAUUCCAAACGCUUCUCUUAGAAUUGAUGUAACUGAUAGUGACAGUGAUACGGAAUCUGAAAUGGAAGUUGAUGAGCCUUCACAUAGAGAAUCAAAAAAAGAAGAUUCGUUUGUAGAGCCAGAGGAAGGUUGGACAACGGUCAGAAGGAAAAAGUGAUUUCCCUUGCAUAUGUGAUUAGGCAUUAGUUUUAAGUUAUUAAUAAUUUUUUUUUUCUGCAAAACUGAUGUUUGAAAAUAAAACAAAAACUUUCAUAAAAAUGUAA